AUGAUAAAUUCGGUUACCCAUCAGCAAGUGGGUUCGAAAACCCCCUUCUCAAUUGAAAACAUCCUUGGACUAGGAGAGGAGAAGCGGUCACUUGAAAAGUCGACGAGACACAUCUGUGAACAUCCAUUCGUAGCAGGCGCGCAUGGUGCCAGCGACGAGAAGCGCAAGCCCAGGCGCAUGCGCGUCAGGACGAAUUUCAGCGGCUGGCAACUGGAAGAGCUGGAGAGGGCGUUUGAGACCACGCACUACCCGGACAUCUUCAUGAGGGAGGCGCUGGCCAUGAGGCUGGACCUCAUGGAAGCAAGAGUGCAGGUGUGGUUUCAGAACCGGCGGGCCAAGUGGCGCAAGCAGGAGAAAGGCUCCGGGGCCGCGGGACGGGAGAGCUGUCGUCACCUCGGCGGUGCGGGCAGCGUUGCCAAGCAGCCCACGAAUCCGUCCACUCCGGCCGCGGCCUUCGUCAAAAUCAACGGCAGCAGACAGCAGGUUACCACGAGCUGUCAGCAGGCAGUCACGGGCCCCCUCCUCCUCAAACCCCCCUCUUCUUCGUCCUCGCUGUCACCGCCCCCUUUAGCCUCCCUUUCCUCCGGAAAAGCCCUGCCUUUCAUCCACGUUGUGCCUCGCAUCCUGCCUCCUAUGACCUCGCGUGGCUCUUUGUCCGCUGUCCUGGGCGACCUCGUAUUGGACCGGAGUACUCCGGAGAGCCGGCGGAGCACCAGCAUCGCUGCCCUCCGCGAGAGGGCGCGAGAGCAUCGGGACAACCUGCGCCUGGUGGGGUUUUCUCCUGUCUUCUCAUCACGUGCACACUGCGACACCUGAGGGCGCCAGCAACUUGAGAAAAAGAGAAAUUAAUAUAGGCUGCGCUGGAUGACGGUAAAAAGUGCCGUGUGUUUCUGUACUUGACCUUGAUGACUUUUGCCCACCGGACAUUUUACGAGCGCGCAACAAGACCGAACAAAAGUAAAUCACUAAAGUCCUUUCGCAAGUCAUCGAGCGACAUGGGAGGAACAAUUUACAGAGGACUGCUACUGUCUUUUCAUUAAUUUUAACAGCUAAAAUGAUUUGACUUGAGACCAGACGACUUGUGAUGAACUAUACAGCAGUUAUUAUCACUUUAAUAAAAAGUUUACUUGAGUUCAGAUUGUAAUCGCACCGAACACUUUUAGUAUGAAAUAGACAAUAAAUUAUGUUCAAUUUAAGUAA